GGGCGUUUACUGGGUCAUUUUACAAGGCCAUUAGAUGUGUAUGGUUUUUCAAGCUCAGGUAUGUCGACCACAGCCUGUUCUCAUUUAUUUAUGUAUUACUUUAACGAUGAAAUGCUUCAUUAAAUAGACCUAGUUGUGGAAGUUGUGCGAAUAUUGCUUAAAUAUUUGAAUUAGUCUUAAUAGUUUAGGAAAAUAUUUCGCCAGACAUUUAUCACGUCCAUGUACCACGAGUCACCUUUCCACUUAUAUUUCUUAGUCGGCCUCAACUUUUUCGACCCCAUUUUUUCUCUUUAACUAUUUUUACUCUCUCCUCCCGUCAGGCACUUCGUUAUCUUUCUCCUCUUCCUGACCUCCUUCCCAAUUUCAUUAUUUCCCCUCUCCUUCCAAACGUCUCCUCCUUUUUUUUCUGAAUGAAGUCUACGCUCAGGUUCAACUCCUCCCACUUUGUGUAAGCGCCUAAUUGCCAGCUUUGACGAAAAGUUGCUUGGGCUUAAAUACUGAGUGCGCUUGUUGCUCGAAGGGUGAAAGGAAGUGUUCAACCUGUGUGUCUGCCUGUGUGGGUGCGUUGUCUGUGUUUCUCUGCGCUCUGGUCAAUUUGUUCCUCCCGACCGUCCAGUAUGCAGGUGUCUCUGGCUCUGCUCGUCUGCAGCUCUGCGCUGCUGCUGCUGCUCCAGGGAUGCUGCACCGCCGCCAAAGGAUGGAAGGUACUAAAAAACGAUGCUACGGAGAUUUUACCGGAGUACAAUGAAAACAGCCGGACACCGGAGGAGGCGAUGCUGCAGGCGAGCCACGGCAGAAAUAACAGCAACAGCAACAAUGUGAAUAACAGAGCAAAGAACGGAGGCAGAGGCGCAAACACCGUCUCCUUCAGUGCCUCCGAGCUCAGCUGUAGGGAGCUGCGUUCCACUCGUUACAUCACCGAUGGAUCCUGCCGCAGUGCCAAACCAGUGAGGGAGCUGGUGUGUUCCGGCCAGUGUGUGCCCGCACAUCUGUUGCCCAACUCCAUCCUCCGUGGCAAGUGGUGGAGGAGCAGCAACUCGGACUACCGCUGCAUCCCGGCGCACACCCGGACACAGAGGGUCCAGCUGCACUGUCCGAAUGGCAACACUCGGACUUACAAAAUCCGUGUGGUGACAUCUUGCAAGUGCAAACGCUUCAGGCCCCACCAUAACCAAUCAGAGGCCAAGGAGGUCCCCAAGACGCAGAGAAACAAGAAGCACAGUCGCUCGUCUCAGGAACGUAAAAAGAACGACACGCCACUGAAUGGAAACUCCUACUGAUGCUGCACCGCAGCCAUCUGUGGACGCAGACUGAAAAUCAUUUAAAUCCUUACAUAAAAUCUGCAUACAUGUCGCACUAUACACAAAC